AUGAUUCGAUACUCCGGUCAUGCUGGGUACUUACUUGUCGUUUGCUAUGAAAUUUCAAUUCACACUCACUUUCUCACCUCAUUGAAUCGAUUCAGUGCGGUAUUCUUCCCAUUUUCCUACAAGAGUACUUUCAGCAUCCGAGCCACAUCGAUAUAUUUAAUUGUAAUUGCAAUUUUUUCUUUUUCGAUGAUGACAUUUGUUAUCUAUGGACUUGACUGCAAAUUAGAAUAUGAUCCAACUACUUGGGUAGCAUUCUACGAUGUAACAAUUCCAGUAUGUGGAUGGUAUGCGUAUUAUGCCGAUUUUCUGAAGAAUGUGGUUGUUGUUCUGGCAGAUGCUAUCAUAGAUAUUACAUUUGGACAAGGAAUCUGCUACCUGAUGGGAUAUGCAUCCUAUCUGGUUGUUCCAAUGAAUUCUAAUAAGUACGUGGCAUUCUUCAUGUCUCUUGUCGGCUGGGCUCUAAUUGCAAUGAUUGAUGGAUUGUUUACCAUUGUUUACAAUUCGGAAAUUCGCACGAAAAUCUUGAGAAAAAAGGAAACUUUUGUUGGAUCUACUGUUGUUUCCGUUAAUAAUUGA